CAUACUCCCAGACAUCGGUGACUUAUCAAAUCUAAACAGACUCGCUGCCUCAACUUCAAGGGUCAAGAUGCCUACCACCAACAAAAUCAUCCCCGAAUCUCAGAAGUCAGGUAAAGCAAAGAAAGUCAAAGGUGGAAAAACACCUGCAGAGAAGAUCCCAGUCUACGAGCCAAAUAUCCCUGAACCCAAAUGCAGAGCUGAUCUUGUUAAGUACUGGAUUAACUUGUCCUUGGAUGACAGAACUGCAAAUAAGGUGUUGUGGAUCACAGAGAACGGUGCCAAAGUGGCCCGUAUGACUGAUAAUGUCACUUGUCCAGUCUUGGAAAGACCAGAGAGAUAUGAGUAUGCUCCCCAGGUUCUUUGCAAAGAAGGCAUCUUGGGUUUCCGAGGCUACUGGGAAGUGGAGUUUUCCGGAUGGGUUGUGGUCGCAGUUGCAUAUGAACGAGCAGGAAGGAGAAACACUGAUGGAUCCUGUGGCUUCGGAGAAAAUGAGGAAUCUUGGGGUCUUGGAUGGAGCGGUUCCAGCUAUCAUGUCUGGUACAAAGGCCAAAGUACCAAGAUCAAAGACAUUCCUGAGUGCUCCAUAAUUGGUGUUUAUCUUGACCAGCCUGCCGGUUUACUUAAUUACUACGCUGUGGAGGAGGUGAAGGAGGGAGCGGAAGGCACAGUAGGAGCAAAGGAAGUUAAACUUCUGGUGCAGAUUAAGAGCUCCUUUAAAGAAAAAAUGAUACCUGGUUUCUGGGUGGGGAAUCAUUCUCACUGCUCGAUCAUGAAGAAGGAGGAAUGAAGAAUAGAAUCAGCAUUUAACAACAAGGUCUAGAUUUAAGUUUUAUGUAUAAUAUAGUUUUUAUAUACAUUAUUUUUAAGGGGGAAAGUAAACGGUUUUGUACAUUUCAGUUGAUUGGGAACAGGACCAGUAAAGGUUUAUAAUGCAAAAUGUGUAUAUUUAUUUAUAUUUAUGGUAUUUAUGUGUCUAUUAUUAUUGUUUG